UUUCUGCAAUCUUAAUGUAUCCAGAUGUAUCCCCGAGACACGAACCCGCAAGUGGGUUUCGAAAUUCAAGUACCCUGCAGCCUGCACGUGCUGCGUCUAGCGUCUAUGUCGACGUAUAUAUGUAGUUGUGCGUAGAAUGCGUAGAAACAAGUUGACGACAUGAAUUAUUAUUCACUAGCAUUCAUCGUUAUCGACACUGAAUAGAAUAGACGUGAUAAAGGUUACAAAGCUGGAUUAAAGUCGUUGAAACACUGCCUGCCGUAAUCACAAUACGGUUUGCAUAUGUAGCGCUUUAAAAUGGUGAAUAUUGUUUGAAAAGCAAGAGUGGAUAAUGUAUAGUGUUUCUAUUUUCUUACUUAUUUUGGCAGUAUGGAUAGAUGGAUUUUCUCUGGAAGAUGUGUAUUGCAAUCAAAAAUGCCAGGGAGAUGUAAAUAAUUAUAAUGUAGUUGGAUACAAUUCUUCAGUUAUUAAUUACUGUACCACCGAAGAUGUUCCUGACGAAUUCAACUUCACUGUAUGGAGUGACAACGGGAAAGGAGAAUUUAAUUCUGUAAAGAUUGAGUUUGCACCUCCUAAAAGAAAAUGUAUAUAUGGAAUAGCUUUAUUAGUUAAUCCCUUGAUUGAGGAUGAAAGAGAAUGCAGAGAAUAUAAGUUUGAAGAAGCGAAGGAUAUUAAUUCAACAAUACAUACUAUAGAGAAAACCUUAUGUAUUCAUAUGAACACUAACCAGUUUGUAAGAUAUAAUGAUAAUUCAACAGUACCUUUAUGUAAGGACAAUAUUGGACUAUGGUUCCAUUAUAUCUUUACAGGAUGCUAUGCGCUUCGAUUUCAUCUAGACAAACAAAAAUAUCUAAUAAGGGCCCAUAAUUUUUUGAACACUACUUAUCAACGUACGGAAGUAAAAGAGCCACAGUUCAUUUGUAACUAUAACACAUAUUCUGAUUUAGAUCAAAGAAAGGGACUAUUAAAUUUCACAUUAGAUAUCUCGCUAUCAGCAGAUACAGGACCAUUCCUUGAACUAGCAAUAAUAAAUCAUGAUAAAGAUGAAAAAUCUUGUAUAUGGCGUGGGCAAAAAUCAAUACGUAUAGGAACAGUUUAUUUGAAGAAGGAUAAUCGUAAUUGCAGUAUAAAAUUGAUACAGACAGUAUCUGGAGAAUAUGUGAGGAAUGUGGUGUGUAAUUUUCAAGUACGAGUUCCGCAAAGUGAAGGUUAUUGUUUUAUAUUUUGGGUGAUUGACGAUCGGUGCCAUAAAAAUACUCUCUGGAAGCCACCCUCAAAUGAAAUGUUUUUAUGUACAUGGAUAAAACGUUGCCAGAAAACUUCGGAUAAUUCAUUACAUAUUGACAACGCUAUUGAGAUAAAAUCAGAUAAAUUGCUGAAUACAAGUUCGUACUUAUUACUGCCAAUUAUUGCCAUUGUAUUUAUCGUAUCGGCAAUAAUCGGAACAUUGUGUUUCUUGCAUUAUUUACGCAUUCGAAAAGAGGAGGUCACCUUAUACGUCAAUCCGCGGCCCGAUGACUUUUUAAAUUCUGCUUGCCUAAAAUCCGAUUUUGGUAUUAUUGAAAACAAUGAUACUGAGAAGGAAAUCGAUCACGAUAAUUCUAAGUGCGACGACAUUGUUCUUUUAUACACUAAAAAUUCGACAUCCUUCAUGGCAUUGAUGAAAGAUUUUCGUGAAACACUUGCCAAGAUAUGCUCUUGUUCUAUACAUGACUGGCAUGACGGAGCCGAAUGGAAUGACGUAGCUAAAGUUGGUGCUGUCUUAUGGUUUUCCGAAUUACUCAAUAACGGAUGUCGCGUUAUCUGGGUAGAUACACCGGCUACGAGAUCCAUCGUUACAUCAAACUCGAAAGAAAGUGCCUUAAAUAAAUUUAGUAAAUAUUAUGAAAUAGGUGAUUUUCGUGAUAUGGCAUUUCCUGUCGUACUCGAAUUGGCAAAACGCAAUACAAAGAAUACCGUGUUUCAGUAUCGCAGACAUUUCGUUGUAAGGUUCGAAGGGUUGGAAAGCACCGCAAAUGGGAACGACCCAUUUCUGGAUCUCUCUCCUCACGCACGAUAUCGCAUGCCGCAACAUCUUGCGCAAUUGUGUUCGGACUUGCUGGUGGUAAAAACAGCAAUUUCAUUAUAUCAAAUGAAGGCGGAGGAAGAUCUUUUGCAACAGCGCUUAAUGAAGAUGGAGUCACUAAUAUACUACCUCAAAUUAAAAAUUAGACGAUGCUCCGUCCUGAUAGGAUUACCGUCUUUAUAUCUAUCCUUUGUUUCUUUAAAAAAAAAAAGUUUAAUUCACAUCUGUAUGUGUAAUUAUAUAUUUUUACCAAGUGAAAACGUCAUUACGUGUUUGCUGGGGACGGAGGACACAAUAUUUAUUGAAAUGCGGUUGUACUCUACGGAUCUCGCACAUCUUCUGGUGAUCGUCGCGGUAAUCGAUGCAAUCCUCGGAAGCCCUUUGACACUCUUAUUGCUGCCCAAUGCAUCGUACGCACGUGGAAAUGUUGAUCAUUCCAACACGGCGAAUAGACUAAAAGGCGAUAAGCCGACCGGCGAGAGAAUGAACGUCUUUACAUCGACCUGGACCAAAGUUUUGCAAAAUCCGCCCGAUUCCUUAGAAGUUGCUGUGGGAAGCCGAGUCGAGUUACAAUGUGUGAUGGUUGGAAAUCCGCCUCCACAGAUCUACUGGAUUACCGGAAAUGAGCCAGAAAGACAAAUUCAGGAGCUGACCACGCGAGACCAAGAAACGAGUAACAGCGUGUCCACUGAGAGUAUUAGCAAAAUCUCUUCCACAUACGUAAUCGACUGCGUUAGACCUGAGGAUCAAGGUUUAAAAUAUUGUGUAUCCGUGUCUAAAAAUGUAGUGGCCCAGUCAGCAGCAACGAUACUCUUGGUUAAUACUACCAAGUCUACCAAGUGCAGCAGCGAGAGUCAGCCCACUAUUACCUUGUACGCCGCUUGGAGAUUCGCUCUUCAACAGAGCACGGUAAUUCUUCCAUGUAGAGCUGUAGGUCAACCAGCGCCUUAUCUAUUUUGGAUAGAUAACUUGGGCAACACUGUAAGUUCCGCCACGCACGAGAGACACACCGUUUUGCCCAACGGCGAUCUACAGAUAAUAGACCUCGAGUGGACCGACAUGGGUGAAUACACUUGCAAGGUGAAAUCGGGAUAUACGGAGAAAAGUAUCUCCACAUUCCUGUACCCCGUACUUCCCGUACGUAUAUAGUUAAUUUCUGCAAAU